CGGAGAAGUCACACAACUGUAGGCCUAUGAAUCACCUGGUUUAAGGCUGCUUUUUCUGAAACUUGCUUCACUGCACAAUGCAGCAAGAAUUCAGGUGCCAGAUGCUGCUAAAAACAGUACUUCCUGCUUUGAUUGGUUUGGUCACAACUUUUAUUCCAAACGCCUCACAUAGCCAAGCUUGUGAGCAGGGUGAGGUGCCGGAACACUGGAGGAGGGCCGUCACUGUGCCGCUGAGCAAACGGGAAGGAAGAAGGGAUGAUUGUGGCAGUCACGGGGAAUAAGGUGACUCAGUGUGCCAGGGAAGGUGGAGGGAAGGGCUUUAAACGAAAGGGUGAAAAGAAUGAUAAAAAGUGUCGGCGAUGAACAAGGGGGUGAUAGGGAAGGGAGGGAGGUGUAAACAUAUGUUUUGACUGUCAGGAUGCCUUGAUUUUGUCCACCUCUUCUGAGUCUGCCAAACAAGUAAUGCUGUAGUUAUUUAUCCUUAAGACAGGCUGUUGAGCCCCUCUUCAUGUCAUUACUAAAGUCAACACAAACAUGUACAAACAUCCUGAGGCUGUCCACACUCCACAAAGUUGUUCAAGUUAUCCGAGCCCAACAAAUGCCGGUAAUGGUGAGACUGUUCUUAUUGCAGAGGUUGUUGAGUCACUCUUCACGCCCUCCCUGAAGGAAGCCGGCGGCCUGAAGCACCGCGGGCAGGUCACCACCACCAGCCUGCAGGCCAGGGACCACAAACACCUCUGGAAGGGACUCUGGAAUGGCAGGCUUCACUGUGGCUUCACUAAGAUCAACCGCACGUGCAAGACAUGCCAGGCUCUGAUGUCCAGUGUGGAGGAGAUCGGAAUUCCUAUCAUGAGGGAGACACACAACUGCACCACACCCUCACCGGACGCCAGCAAGCUAUUGCCAUCCUGUAGUCGCCACACCUCCAGGGAGCCACCAUCAAGCAGGACGACCACUCCGGAGCCAUCAUCAUCACCCGCAUCAUGCAUGGCUGACUGCUCCGGCCUCAUCCAUGCUGCCGACGAGGUGCAGGGGUCAACACCUUCAAUGUGGAGGGCAAGACACCGGCGGAUGUCCACAAGAUACUGA